AUGCACGCCGCCACCUCUCUCCUCUUCGCACUCGCCAGCGCGGCCGUGACGCUGGGUGCGCCCUCGUCGCUGGCGCCCGUCAAGCGCGCCGCCGACACGACGACGGUGAACCUCGGCGCCUGCAGCGGCUCGCCGCAGCUCUUCGGCCAGGGCAUCCUCUACGGCUGGAGCGGCACCAACACGCCGCCGCAGAAGUACCUGCAGGAGCUCAGCGUCAACUACGAGUCGGCCGGUGGCGCCCAGACGGACCAGAAUGGCGGCUACGCCAACAGCCGGACGUCGUACAACAACCGCUUCGCAGCGACGGUGGCUGCGUGGAAGCGCAUUCGCGCCGUCAACGGCGUCAUGAUCGUCAAGAUGGCGGACCUGUACGGCGUCGAUUUCACGCAGAGCAACUCGACGCCCUACCCGGGAGACAACGGCGACUGGACGCUGUGGAACAACUUCCUCCAGCAGGUCAUCUCCGACCUCAAGUCGAACGGCAUGGCCAACUCGUACACGACGCAGCUCGAGAUCUGGAACGAGCCUGACAUCAACUUCGGCGGCCGCCCGCAGUCUCAGUACAACGAGAUGUACGUGCGCGGCACCAAGGCCCUGCGCCAGGCCUUCCCCUCGGGCUCGAGCGCCUACCUGCCGCUCGUGGGCCCGAGCACGUCGAGCCGCCCUUACAACGGCAACGGCUGGUGGAACAACUUCCUGAGCUACCUGCAGAACAACGGCGGCACGAACGUGCAGCCCGACGUCUGGAACUGGCACCUGGAGGAGAACAACAACAACGACCCCAUCCCGCCGGCGCAGUACCUCCCCGGCUACGUCAAGAGCUACGGCCUCACGCCCGGCAUCGGUCUGCAGAACAACGAGUUCGGCAUUCGCAGCCAGCAGUACCCCGCAUAUGCCACAUGGUUCCAGAGUCGCUACGAGCGGCUGCAGUUCAACGGCCUGCGCGGCAACUGGGCGAGCGGCUCGGACCUCAGCGACCUGCUGGCCGACCUGCUCAUCAAGAACUCGGACGGCUCCUACUCGACGACGGGAGAGUACCAGGCAUACAAGUACUACAAGCUGAUGAACGGCAGCCCCUGCACCACGACGGCCGGCAGCAGCGUCGACUCGUACGCCACGGCCUCGACGAACAACGCCACGGCCAUCAUCGGCUCGCAGUCGACGAGCGCCACGACAAACGCCGUCACCUUCUCGGGCAUCUCGAAGAAGUUCGGCUCGGCCACGACCGUCAAGGCACAGCUCAUCAACAUUCCCUACAACAACGGCGGCGCCGUCAACGGCUGGACCAACUCGGGCUCGCAGCAGACGCUCACCGUGUCGAACGACCAGGUCACGUUCAACAUCAACGUCGGCAGCAGCGCCACCAAGGACGCCUGGGCCGUGCGCCUCUUCAACUAA